AUGUCACAAAAAACAUUUAUAGCCUAUUUAAUUGAUGAUAUACCCAUCAAAUUUGAUUCUGCAACGAUUCUAUUAGCAACAAUAAUUAGCAUAACAAUAAUACCAGGUAUCCUGUCAAUAAUCGCAUUAAUCUUAGAAAAAUGUUUUAAAAAAUCAAUCAUAAUAAAGAAAAUAAUUAGUUGGUCAUCCGAUGUUUGUUCACGUGGUUUCUUAGAACGUAUUUUUGUUCAUGUGGUUCGAUCGAAACAAGAACAAGAUGAUGAUAAGAGAAUUUAUUUAGAAAAUCAUUCACUUUGCCAUCGUGUAAAUAAUAAAACUAUUUUACCGUAUAAGAAUAGUACACAUUUGGAAAGAAUAUUUGCAGCAUUUUUCAUAUUUCAAUUACUUAUACUAAGUGUUAUUACUGCUGAAAAAUUAUUUACAAGACGUGAAUAUUUUCAGAAAUGUACAACAUAUUUAAAUACGUUUUACAAUAAUAAUGAAUAUAAAUGUUUUGUGGAAAACCAACGUAAAUAUACAAAUAUGACAGCUGGUGGACUAUUUAACCCGCUAUGGGCAUUUACAUUACCUGAAAAAAUAGAGGUGGUACAACCUUAUGACUAUUGCAAAUUAGCAUCAGCAAACAACAAUAGUCGCAAUCGACGAAUCGAUAAUGACGAUACUAACAUCAUCCUCGGGGAAAUGUUAGAAAUACGAUGUAUCCAGUUUACAUUUAAAUGGGACAAUCUAAUUGAUACCCUAACGCAUGUGGUUGAAUGGCAUGAAAUUUUAGCAUUUUUAUUUAGAAAAAUUCUUCAAUUAGCUCUUUGGUGGCAAACAAAAUUAAAACAUUCGAACUGUUGGUUUAAUUGGAAGACGAAUCGCACACGAAAACAAAUAUUAAUUGUUUUAUUGAUCAUUUGGAGUUUCAUUGGUGUGUUUAUUCUUUUAGAAUUUAUUUCAUUUCUACAAAUAUUUAUUUAUUUUGAAUUUUCUGGACUAGAAACAAAUAUUUUGUUGUUUGUACCGGUUCUGUUUCUUGCUAUACCUUAUAUCAAUUGGAUAACAUUAUUCAGAUGGUAUACAACUGAUUACUGGAAACAUAAUUCAAAACCUACCACAGAUGAAGAGCAAAAGAUUGACUAUUAUGAAAAAUUUCGACAAACGACUUUAUUGAUAGAGUGCGAACCAGGACCACACAGAAAUAAAUCAAAUGGUACUAUUAGUAGUAGAACGUCAAAUAGAAUUAAUGUGUUGACCACGGCAGAAAAAUACUUUCAAAUGGAAAAUAACGAGACGUCAACGAAUCUGUAA